UGCAGAGUCUAACUCAAUCCAUGUGAAAAAAUCUUUAUGAGUCGAAUCCUCUACAUUUUUUUUCUUACAGACAAAAACUAAGGAGGUGGCAGCUAUGUUUGCAAUAAUAGAUAAUAUACUUUUUUCAAAAUACGACGUGAUGAAGGAUCUGAAUCUCGACAGUUUCCUUGAUGACAGAGGAGUUGUAAUAAAUCCAAAAUAUAGAGGUCUUGGAAUUGCUCAAAUGUUCUUCAAUGUCAGGCGCCAGAUAUGCCAUAACCUUGGAAUACCUCUCACUGGAGCCUGGAUGACGUCAGCAGGCUCUCAGAAGGCAGCGGCCCGUGAUGGAUGGGAAACAGUCUUCAAGAUUAUAAUACGAAGAAUUCGGGAAAGAUGCUGGAGUCGUGUUUGAAGAUGUACCACCUUCCUGUAAAUUUAUGAUCGCCAAGCCAUUAUCGAUCUAGUCGGAUUUAAGCUCACUUUACUAGAGUUUUUAUUCUGUACUAGUGGAUUAUUAUAAACCCUGUACUCUCAGGGUAGCAUUGUGGCAACUUCUGCGAAAAUUUAAACCUUACCAAAGAAACUUAGUCUUAAUUUCCAAUUUGUAGCAUUAAAGUAAAUUUUGAGCACUUGAGAACUGAGGGCCCAUCGUCUGAUUGGAUUUUCUUUAUUUGCAGUAAGUAACUAUGCAGAGCUUUUAUUUUAGUAUGUAGCCCUACGAUUUACCUCCUAAAUAUUACCAUUUAAUCAAGUUAGCAGUAGCGAAGAGGAAUCGAAGUAUGAUAUGUCGAUGAUUAAGUUAUUAGACUAAGAGCUAGUGAACUAGACUUACACUAUAAUAUAAAAGCUGAAAGAUUGUCAGCGCAUGCUCCCAACAUAGGUAAGAAUGUUGGUGCAUCAUGAAGUUUGGGUAAUCGUGACUUUGGCAGCUGCCCUAAAAUGAUUGUCUUUUGAAGGAGUUUCUGGCUGAUAAGAAAACAACUUAUUUUUUAUGGGACAGGAGGCAAACGAGCAGACGGCUCACCUAAUGGCAAAACUUCUAAUUAUUGCCCAAAUAUUGUGUAUAAUCAACUUUUAUGGCAUAACGUAAGUAGAAUUACAGUCUGAUGAAUAUACCGUAAAAGUUAGGCUUAUGAAAAAUACCUGCUCACUAUUUUAUUCAAUGUCAACAAAUAUGUUACAUACACUGGUCAUCAAAAAAAUCGACCCUCCUGCGACAAGCACUUUCAAACGUAU